UCAUGACUCUCAUACAGUUUCUAUAUAUAGAGAGAGAGAUAUCCAAGACUUUUAGGGAUAGGUAUUGAUGAUGAAUAGAAGGAACAGCUCUGGUGGAGGACAAAGUUCUUUAGGGUACUUGUUUGGUUCUGAUGACUUAGGGCAACAGCAAAAUGACCAAUCUAAAGUCUCCUCACCGCCGGUUCUUACGCCGCCAUAUGGCAUCGAUAAUGUAGACAUGAAGUUGCCGGAAAAAGCCGAAACUCCUCCUACCAAGCAAGAUGACACCACCUCCAAGAAAUAUAUCUAUCUCCAUGGUGAUAAGUCUAAAGAUUUUCUGGUGACAGGCCGGCCAUCAACAAAAGUCAAGUCAGUUCCUGGUGGAGAUUCAUCUCUUGGCUACUUGUUUGGAGAUAAGUGUUUAGGGUUUUAAGGGUGUGCUUCUUGUUAUUUGUGUACUAUUAUCAUCCAAUGUGUUGCAAUUUCUUGGAUUUUGGAACUGUUCUUAUGUUGCUUCAUCAGAGUGCACUUUUAUUUGAUGCAGUGAUAAUUUUUACCGAAAUAUUAA